UUGUACAAACAUGAUAGGUAAUUGGGUAUAUAGGGUGGGUAGAAUUAUAUUUUUGGGGACUGAUAAUCUAAUUUGUACCAUCUUAAAAUAUUGUACGUAGUAGCUUAAUCCGGGCAGUGAUAAUCUAAUUUCGCAAUCAAUUUCAAGUCGAAUAGAUAGAUACGGAGUACUCUAUAGUCUAUUCCAUUCGUCUACAAUUUCCUCACUGUCCAGAUUUCACACGAUUUCCCCAAAAGUCCAACGAAGCUUCCAUCGCUCCUACGAAGCCCUGGAAUCAUAAAGCAUGGAAGCGACGGCUUCUCUUCGUUCUUCGGGUGCCAUCUGCUGCGGAUCAGGCAAGGCUGGUUUCUUUUCAGCCCAUACGGCGCCAGAAUUUGUUAGAUUUGGAUUCAGACCCCCUUUGUCUUCACCUUGCAUGAAGUUGUACCCCUUUGAUUUUCAUCUGAAGUCUGGAAACCAGAGAGUGGCAUAUAAGAGUGGAAGAUACAAUUCAAUUAGAGCAUCAUUACCACCUUCCAGAUCUGGAGAUUCAACUGUUCCUAUUGCUCCACUUCAAUUUGAAUCUCCAGUUGGACAGUUUCUCUCUCAGGUUAUCAUAAAUCAUCCACAUCUUGUCCCUGCUGCAGUGGAUCAGCAACUUCAACAGCUUAUGAUUGCUCAGGAUGCACACAAGGAUGAACCAUCAGUGUCGGGAACUGAACUAGUUUUGUACAGGAGAAUUGCAGAGGUCAAGGCAAAGGAGAGGAGGAAAGCACUUGAAGAGAUACUGUAUGCAAUGGUGGUGCAGAAAUUCAUGGAUGGUGGUGUACCAUUGAUUCCGGCCAUAAAUUUGCAAUCAUCACCAGAUUCUUCCCCUGCUCGGGUUGUUGAUGCGUGGUCUAUAAAAAAUCAGCAGCUUUUACACCUUCAUUCGCCCGAUGCUUAUGAGAUGAUUCAGAACCAUCUAGCUCUCAUCCUUGGGGACAAAUUGGGUGAUAAUAAUGCCUCUGCAAUUCAAAUAAAUAAAUUUAGAGUCGGUCAGGUUUACGCCGCAUCUGUUAUGUAUGGCUACUUCCUGAAAAGGGUUGUCCAGAGAUUUCAGUUGGAAAAGACUGUGAAGAUCCUUCCCCAGAGAGGUGUAGGCAGAAGAGAGGCUAGUGGCAAUCUGCAAGCUCCAGAGGAAGAAGUGCUCAGAUCUGGUAAUGAUGAAAACAAUGAUGAUAAUGAUGUUUCAUUUAGCUCAACAGAAUCAUCAUCUCAUCCUGAAGUCAAUAAAGCAUUCUUUUCAUCUGGAUUUAAUGCCUCGAGGUUGAAAUCCUAUGUGAUGUCACUAGAUGCGGAGAUUCUCCAGGCAUACGCAAGCAUUAGGUCCAAAGAAGCCAUACAAAUAAUUGAGAAACACACUGAAGCACUGUUUGGUAGACCUGAGGUUGCUAUUACGCGUCAGGGAACCAUAGAUUUUUCUAAAGAAGAAAUGGUCAUGAUUAGGUUCAGUGGUCUGAAGAGGCUUAUUUUGGAGGCACUGACUUUUGGGUCUUUCCUUUGGGAUGUCGAGAGCUAUGUUGAUUUAAGGAUCUUCACUAAGUAAUGUGGGUGAUACAGACCGUUAAUUGUCGUGAAUAGUCAUUGAGAAGGGAUGCAGCAUAAGCUUGAGGAGUGAACUCAGAAUGAGUUGAAUAGAAAUCAGUCAUGAAAUAGUUGUUGAGGUAGUCAUUACUUCCCAUUCCGGAGUAGAAAAUGCAUUUGCUUAGAUGGUCAUGAAGUAGUGUGUAGUUAUUAUCUCCUCUGAAAAAUCUCUUCAUCCCCAGUACUGUUCUUGCGAAGUUCUCUACUUGUUGGUUCAUUGCUAUAUGAUAUCCCUAUACAAUCAAUUACAUAUAUACACAAAUAAGAAUGAGUUUCUUGCUUGUACGUACUAGAACUAGUUGAGAAGUUGAAAAGCCUCACUG